UCAAUGGGAUACUGUAUGCGCAAGUUAAGCGCGCACAGACUGGCGCCGAAAAGCUGCGGUCCUGUGAGCGCUCCAGAUUCCCCCUGGAGUCCGAAAUCGGGCUCCGCGUCCCAGAGGCGGGGCGUCAAAUCCGGAUCUUCCAGGGAGUCUGGAAGCCCUUCCGAUUCAAACCCAGCAGCCUCCGCCUUCAGCUCCGCCUUUGCCCGGGACUGGCUGAGAGCCGUCCUUAGCCUCUCCUUCGCCUACCUCCGGAGGACGUUGCCUUUCGCCGGUCGCUCUCGAUCCUCUCCUUCUCCAUAUAUACUGUACAUGGAACGGGUGAACGGCACAAAGAGUCACCCGGCCACCGGUUGCGAUGAAGAGAAUGGUCUCGGGGAAGAUGUCAAAUCCUUCUUGGGUGACGAACGGCAGCUCCAUUGCUUUGAUGACCUUACCAAAGUGAAUCCUGUGACCAUCACAACUGUCCUGAAGUGCCUGCAAGCGAGAUACGCCAUCGACGUGUUUUACACCAAUGCCGGCAGCAGCCUGGUGGCAGUCAACCCCUUCCGGACGAUACCGCCUCUCUACUCGCUCGAGCUCAUGAGGGACUACCACACUGCCCCCCGCCUUCAGGAACUCAAACCUCAUGUCUUCGUGGUAGCAGAGGAGACCUACAGGAAUGUCCAGAGCCAGAUCCCACCUGUAAACCAGUCCAUCAUUGUGAGCGGCGAAAGUGGAGCUGGGAAGACAUGGACCUCGCGUUGCCUGAUGAAAUUUUACGCCACGGUCGCCUCGUCCUCCACCAUCCCCAAAGGCAGUGUGGCAGUGGAAAGGAUAGAAAAGAGGGUGUUGGACUCCAACCCAGUGAUGGAAGCCUUUGGAAAUGCAUGUACCCUUCGGAACAGCAACAGCAGCCGUUUUGGCAAAUACAUCCAGCUUCAGCUAAACAGGUCUCAGCAUCUAACAAGUGCUUCCAUCCAGACUUUCCUGCUGGAGAAAACAAGGGUUGCCUACCAAGCCCCCUGUGAAAGGAACUUUCAUAUCUUCUACCAGAUUGCAAAAGGUGCCAGUCACGAAGAACGACUGGAAUGGGACGUCGCUGAAGGGGCAAAAUUUUGCUGGCUUCCGAAUCCUGAAAAGACUCUAGAAGAGGACUCCUUUGAGGUGACACGAGAGGCGAUGUCGCAUCUGGGCAUUGACUGCUCCACGCAGAAUAAUGUUUUCAAGAUAUUAGCAGGUCUUCUCCACCUGGGUAACAUCCAGUUCUCUGAGGCUGAGGAUGAGUCGCAGCCUUGCGAACUGGACGACAGCGCCAAAGGAUUUGCAAAGGCUGCUUCCAGAUUAUUAAAGGUGCCCGUAGAGCAGUUGCUGGAAACGCUGCGGAUCCGGACAAUAACAGCUGGGAAGCAACGGCAGGUAUUCAAGAAGGCUUGCCCCAAGGUUGAAUGUGGGACGAGAAGGGACUGUCUUGCCAAGGUCAUCUAUGCCAAGUUAUUUGACUGGCUGGUGGCCGUGAUCAAUGGAAGCAUCAAUGCAGAUCCUUCUGUCUGGAGCAACUUCAUAGGCCUGUUGGAUGUUUACGGCUUUGAAUCUUUUCCGCACAACCACCUGGAGCAGCUGUGCAUCAACUAUGCCAACGAGAAACUGCAGCAGCAUUUUGUAGCCCAUUUCCUCAAAGCGCAGCAGGAAGAGUAUGCUGCAGAAGGCCUGGAGUGGUCUUUCAUCAACUACCAGGACAAUCAGUGCUGCCUGGAUGUAAUUGAAGGCAGUCCAGUCAGCAUCUUCUCUCUGCUGAACGAGGAAUGCCGACUCAACAGACCCUCCAACACCAGCCAGCUUCAAACCCGGAUUGACGUGGCUUUGUCUGACAACCGGUGUGUUAGCAGGGACCGGUUUAGUAAGGAGCCCAACUUCAUUGUUUCCCAUUACGCUGGGGAUGUCCGCUAUCAGGUGGAAGGAAUGGUGGAAAAGAACAAGGACCCCGUUCCCCCAGAGCUGGUUCUGUUGCUACAGCUGUCCCAGGAUUCUUUGCUUCAGAAAUUGUUUCCUGUGGAAACCACAAGCCAAAAAACAAGCACAAACGACAUCAGGACUCAGGUGAAACCUGUGGUGGUUACAGUAGUCUCCAAAUUCAAGGGGUCGCUCGAGAAGCUGGUGGAGAUCCUGCGCAGCACCACCCCCCACUACAUCCGCUGCAUCAAGCCCAACGCAGAUUGCCGGGCAGCUCUUUUCCGAAAGGACGAGGUUCUGCAGCAGUUGGAGGCAUGUGGCAUCGUGGAAGCUGUCAACAUCAGCGCUGCAGGCUUCCCAAUUCGGAUUUCCUUUGAAAGCUUCAUGGAGCGUUAUAAAGUGCUGAGGAGAUCACCAAAGCAAAAGUUAAACACCACGCCUCAGGAGAAUGGUUUCUCGCACAUUAUGGGGAACGGUUUGAUGGUGUCUUCUGCAGAGGACAAAAGCAAUGCUUUACGCUCUGCGGUCCAAGAGAUCCUUCAGCAAAUGUGCCCCCCUGAUGCCCCUCCCCUCAAGCCUACAGAGAACCAAUCCUGUAUUGUGCCAGUAUAUUGUGGAAAAACCAAAGUAUUUAUGACAAACUCCACGCUGGAACUCCUUGAAGUUGGGCGAGCCAGAGUCUUAGCUGACAAAGCUUUCUGCAUCCAGUGCUGCUGGCGAAGGUUUAAGAGGAGGAAGCUGGCUCAAGAGAGAGCGUCGGCCACAGUCAUCCAGUCAGCUGUUCGCUCGUGGUUGGCCAGGAAACAUUUCCAGAGGCUACGGAAAGCUGUCAGGGUUAUAAAACGGACCUGGAAGAAAUGGAAGGCCAAGAUGGAUGUCCUGGCCGCAGAGGAGUUGGAUGACUUAGAAGGAAGCCCCCUCUCCUCCAGCCUUAAGGCAACAGCUUCAUUGAGUGAGACACAUAGCAAGUUGGAAAAACUAUGCCCCCUAAAUGCAGCAAUCCAGUUCUGGCCUCUUGGGCUGGUCCUUUCAAGCGGCCCAGUGACACUGGGUGCUUUUCAGAGAGACCUCGCCCUCCUGGCCUGCCUCCAAGUGCUACAGCAGAACAACCAUCACAAGGCAGAGACCAAGCAGCGCACGAAAGGUGUCACCUCCAUCAGAGCCCUCCCACAGGGCUCUAUCAAGUUCCACUGCAGGAAAUCUCCACUGCUUUACGCAAACACCAGGCCGCACACCCACAACUGCACCAUGACCGGCUUCAACCAGAUUCUCAUCGACAACUACAAGCUCCUUUCAGCUUGAAAACUGAC